GCUAUGUAACGACCCGGUAUUGUGUUCUGUGUUUGUGGGUGUGUUAUGGUUCUCAUGGCUACUAGCAGGGGUUAAAUAUGUCAGGACAGAUGGAAAGGUUGGGGGGGUAUGAUGGGUAAUCCCGCGGGAUUUGGAAAUGCAUAAAGAGGGAUGAGUGUCUCAUAUCUCUCUCUUCUGUUCGGGCCUUGAUCUGUUCCUAUGAGAGUGACCUUAACUCGACAUGUAUAAUUGUGUACGUUCGGCAUUAGCGGCGUGGGCUGUGGCCUGAACAAUAGCCCAGUUUAGGAAUAAACCUGUGUUCUGACCUGUACACCUGGAGUCCGUCUCUUUUCUCUUUAAUGACCCAGCCGGGUCAUUACAGUAUCUUUCAACGUCCCUGGAGAAUAGUAGAUGAUUGUGGUGGUGCAUUCACCAUGGGGACAAUUGGCGGAGGGGUAUUCCAAUCAAUCAAGGGCUUCCGGAACGCUCCUGUGGGCUUUCAGCACAGACUAAAAGGUAGUGCCAAUGCUGUGAGAAUAAGAGCUCCACAGAUCGGCGGUAGCUUUGCUGUGUGGGGUGGACUUUUCUCAACGAUCGACUGUGGUCUGGUCCAUAUUCGAGGGAAAGAGGAUCCCUGGAACUCUAUAACUAGUGGAGCGAUGACUGGGGCAGUCCUGGCUGCACGCAGUGGGCCCUUGGCUAUGAUGGGGUCAGCUAUGAUGGGGGGCAUCCUACUGGCCCUGAUCGAGGGCUUUGGGAUCCUUCUCACCAGAUACACAGCACAGCAGUUUCAGAACCCGAGUCCCUUUGUGUAUGACCCCAGCCAGCUUCCUCCGAAGGAUGCCAGCCAACAGCAGACUGGGUUCCAGUAGAGCCCAACUUGGUCUGGAGCUAAUGAGCCUAGCUACAGCCCUGCAUACUGUGACAGUCUCUGACUAGAGAGGAGAGAGGCGCUCUGUCACCUGACCACACAGGUGUCAGCAACCUCAGGGGAAUGAAAAUAUCUAACCUAAGCCCCCAUCCUCUCAAUGGAAAUAAGAAUGUAGAUGCACUUUAGUGUUAUUCCUCAGGGCUAGAUUACAGUUGAUUUGAGUUAUUUAUGAAUAUAUGUUUGUGUAUACCGGUACACCAGUGUUCCUUCUGACUAGUCCCGAAUAAUACACAAUUUUAUCAGAUACAUUUAUGUCCAAACCCGUCAUUUUAUGGUGACUGUAAUAAUGUUGGUGCUUUAUUACCACAGCUACAGAAAUAGAAUGGGUAGCUGAAAAUGUAUAGGCAUUAAUACCGGCAUACAAGUAUGGGAUGCCAAGAUUUAGGAUUCGAAAUUUUCUCAAUCUUAUCAGAAGUGUGUCAGGUAUGGCACAAUCAAUUCCGUUCAAAACGCAUGUAUUUUCUCCUGCUUGUAAAAUGCACUGUCAUUUCAUUUCUUCUCCUCUUUUAUAAUUGUAUUGCUUAUAAGGGUAUGUGUCACAUCACAAACGCACCAAUGAUUUGUUUCCAUUUGUGAAACUCAGAUAGCUGGAAUAGAAUGUCAUGACCAAAUACAGUCACGCUCAUUUGUUCUGCUGUUUAUGUCACUACCUUCAUUGGAUGCCUGCCACUAUGCCAUGCAUUACUAGACAUUCCCUCCAUCUAAGAACUAUAAGGUCUAUCUAUCCACGUUGAUGAACCAAAGCACUUUCUUACUCCAUCUCUCUGUGUUAUUGUGUUGAGAAAAAUGAGAUGUUUUUUUUGACACAAUGAAGAUAUGUUUUGUAAUGUAUAGAAUGCUGUACAAUAGUUGUUGGUUUUAAUGUAUUUAUGAUGCAGAAAAAUAAAUGUUUACAGUGUAAUUGA